GGGAAACAGAGAAGAUGGCGACGAAGCGCGACACCGAGUCGGACGGCGAAGGCUCCAACCCCGUCGGUGGUGGCGCGACUCCGCCGCCCCUAGCCGCCGCCCCUGUCGUAUGCCUCCUCCGCUCCGCCGGGGACUUCGGUGGCGGCGCCUUCGUUGGAUCCAUCUUCGGAUAUGGACAAGGCUUGAUCACCAAGAAGGGUUUUAAGGGCUCAUUCAGCAAUGCAGGGUCCUCUGCCAAGACUUUUGCAAUUCUCUCUGGCGUUCAGAGUUUGGUUUUGUGCUUGUUGCGAAGGCUACGUGGCAAGGAUGACAUUGUCAAUGCUGGUAUAGCUGGUUGUUGUACUGGCCUCGCUUUGGGCUUUCCAGGGGCGCCACAGGCAUUGCUCCAAAGCUGUGCCACCUUCGCAGCAUUCUCAUGCAUCAUGGAGGGGCUCAAUAAGCAGCAGGCUGCAAUGGCUCGCACGCUUGGAGGGACUGCCGCGAUGGCCGUGCAUGAGAAAUGUGGUGUUCUGCCCCCGUUCACGCUUCCACCUAUUCUUGAUGCAUCUGAUGCUUUAGCUUCAUGCUGCUUAGCGUUAGUAAAGCCUAAGCACUAGACUACACAAUAGAGGGCGUGAGCGAUGGCGAAGAAGGGUAACUUCAAUCUUCGGCUCUUUAUUGUGUUGACCCCAGGUUAUAUGAAUUAUGUUUUUGGACAAGAUGUGUAACGUGCCUAAAUUCCAGGGUUUUUUUUGGCUUC